AUGAUGGCUCUGUUGAAAAACGCCGUGUUGCUGUUUGUAGGGUUUCAAUGCGUCGCGAUAAUUUUGACGGAAAAUGAAUCGAACAUAUUACGACUCAGUAAGCCUGGUCUGACACGCUCAAUUUCAUCGGAAACUCCAAGCUACAAUUCAUCGAAAGACUUUACGGAAACAGCUGACGUGGUUGUCGAUAGGAAACCGUUGGUGGGAUUUGCUAAAAACAACCCGGAACUAGACUGGAAAAAAUACCUCACGAUAGCCGAGAAAGACGUGAAGAUAGACAGGGAUUUGGAUCUGGAUUUCAUGGAGGAGAAAUUGGCUAAAACGGCGAACAGCAUUCAGUGGCUGUCAGAUCUUUACGAUCCUUUGAAAUGGAAAAAGAUCCCCGGGAAAUUGAGUGAAAAUUGCAGAAGCGACAUGGAUAUGUUUUUACACUCCCUAAGGAACGGCAGCCUCUGGGCUGCCAAAAUGUCUGACGCCAGUGGUCGUUACUCCUCCCAGUUCCACUUUGGAAAUGAUUUUUGGCUCGGCUCGAGCACUCUCUGCAGAGAACUGGACAACGCGGACCGAGAAAUGAAGUCUCCCGGUCAGCCCGAGGAUUCCCCUCCGUAUCCCGUGCAAUUUCACGUCGCCCGAAUGUACUUGACCUUGCCCACCGAUCUCGCAUCCUCGACCCGUCAGAUUUUCCUUGGUCUUUGUCUACCUGGAUCCUGCAAACGCGUCUCUGUAACCUCGAUGCUGAGGGCGACUGCCGACAGAGUCGAGAGGGAGGGAAACCUGACGCACAGCUCAGCAGGUCCGAAAAUUCACAUCGCCAAGGUGAAGUCUGUUCCGGCGAACGAUUACUCUCCCUGGCUGGAUCCGAAGGUGCACAUCUUGUCCGGCGUCGCGGGAGUCAUACUGCUUUUGAUGAUACUGGCUACGGCAUACGAAUACAACGAUACCCGAGGCCGUGAAUCGGACGUGGAAAGUUCAGCCAGCGGGAAUAACAACGAAAACAUCAGCACGUAUCCGGAUAAAAAUUUUCUGGACGAACGGCGAAUAUCUAUCAUUCAAGAUACCGGCAAGGAGCUAAUUGAGAAGACCGAGAUGGAAAGAGAAGGGGCCGGCGAGCAGGGGAAGAAGGAAACUAAGCUUGAAAAAGGUUUCUGGGUAAAAUGCUUGAUGGCUUUCAACCCGAUCGCAAAUGGUGGUAAAAUAAUUAGCACAGAACCAGCAGCGAGCGACAGUCUGACCUGCCUUCAUGGAUUGAGAGUAUUUUCCUUGGGCUGGGUUGUGAUGGUCCACACCUACUUACAAGUGUUCUCCAUCGCCGAGAAUAAAAUGCUGCGUACGGUCACAGAGAGGAACUUUAUGUUCCAAACCAUAAGCAACGCCACGUUCUCGGUAGACACGUUCUUCUUCAUUAGCGGCCUCCUGGUAACAGUGCUGUACUACCGAUCACUGGGCAGCGUGAAAACGGACAAGAAUCACUUUUUCAAAUCCAGUUCCCUCAAGUUCCUAGUCAUGAUUCUGUACAGAUUCAUCAGGUUGACACCAGCCUACUUGUUCGCACUGGGAGUAAACGAAGUUGUGAUCAGACACGUUCAAGCUAGGACAGUGUUUUUCCCAGCCAUCAUGGAUCACUUAACUUGCGAGAAGUAUUGGUGGAGGAAUGCUCUUUACCUAAAUUCGCUUUACCCUCGGACGGAAAUGUGCAUGCUCUGGAGUUGGUACAUGGCCAACGACACCCAGUUCUACGUAUUGGGAAUAUUCCUGCUCCUGCUUUCGGUGAAGUAUUUCAAGUUCGUGGCAGUUUCCGUAAUUUUCCUUAUCGUCUCGUCGUGGUUCACUACCUUCUCCGUCGCCUACCAGAACGACUACGUGGCCAGAAUUCAGGAACCGUUCGCCCUAUUUGAUGAGCUCUACGACAAACCAUGGCUCAGGGCUGGGCCAUACUUGAUCGGCACCAUCACUGGCUACAUCUUGUUCAAAACCGACUGUGGCUUGCGAACACCUCUUUACGCCAAAGUGAUCGGAUGGCUCCUUUCCGCCUCGGUCAUGUUCGCCGUCGUCUACGGCCUUUACCCGGGCAGCAUCACGGUGACUUUGAGCUCGGUUUACGCUUCCUUAGGCCACACUGCGUGGGCUGUAGCAGUGGCAUUCAUCGUUGUACAAUGUUGCACCGGAUCUGCGCCCGUCGUAGACAGUCUGCUGUCGUUGAGACUGAUGUAUCCCCUCUCGAGACUCACUUACUGUGCUUACCUAGUCCACCCUGUCAUCAUGGUGAUCACCACGGCCCAGAUGGACGGACCGAUACAUCUGCAUAAUGGGAUAGUGUUGAUUGUCUAUUUCGGAAAUCUCGUGGCUUCAUACCUGCUGUCUUUCUGCAUCUCGAUCGCCCUGGAGGCUCCGGUGGUCAAUUUACUGAAAAUAGCGUUUAUACCUAAAAAGCGAUCGAGGUAAAACAUCUGUUAACUAUGAAGAGAAAAAAAAGGUGUGUUAGAAAAUAGUUAAGAUCCAAGUUUAUACCUUGUAUCCUGUAAUAAGUAAUUGUGCACGUAAGUCAUUUAUAAUAUUACGCAAACCUAGUAAA